AUGAAGAAUCAAAAUAUUCGUUGCGAUAAAUCAAAAUCAAAUCGUGUUGAAAAUGGCAGAACGUAUUUUUUUCGUGCACGUGUUAAUGAUGAACAAGAAACUAAUGAUGUUAAUGAUGAACAAGAAACUAAUGAUGUUAAUGAUGAACAAGAAACUAAUGAUGUUAAUGAUGAACAAGAAACUAAUGAUGUUAAUGAUGAUGAAUGUUCUUCUUCUACGUCUUCGAUAACUGGAAAACUUGUGAUAGAUGAGUCAUAUCAAGAUGAACAUGAAGCACAAAUUGAAAAAACUUUUCAAGUAACCUGUCAUCGAUUGAACGAAAAUAAUGAUUACGAACAGUCGUCACCAUCAUCAAGUGCUAUAUGUGUGACAAAAUCAAAAUCAUCAUCACGUCGACAAACAAAAUCUUAUAAUAUGUCUAUAUACAUAAAAAUUCAACAUAUUUUACGUCGAAACAAACAAUUAAAAAAGAAAAUAAAAUAUUACAAAAAACAUUGGAUACGAAAAUCAACUGGAGAUAUUGCAGCUUAUUUACUUGAACUAGGCACGACAUUAUCGCACGAUUUGCAUUCAAAACAACAACAAAAAAAUAAAAAAAUGAAAAAAAAAAAUAAAAAAGAUAAAAUAGAAUAUAUAGCACGUGUAUUAAAUGUGAAUCCAGAUGAAUUAUAUUUUUCAAAACAUAAAACAGACAUCACGAAAACAUGUCGUGCUGUGACGAAACUUAUUUAUCCGGAUCGAUCUCAACGUGCUACAACACAAAUUACAGACUUACCAAUUCACAAACGUCGAGCUAUACACGAAUAUUGUAGAUUUGUGCAUCGACAACCCGAUGCACCAACACGUUCAUUAGACAACACGAUUAGUAAUCGGAGUCCAACGGGAUCAUCAACACCGGUUAAUUGUCUAAGUGGUUCUAUAUCUAUUUCAUCAGGAUCUUUUUUAGGUUCUAUUGAUGAAUUUCGAAUUUACAAUCGACAAUUAAGUAAUCAUGAAAUUUGUGUACUUGCUAAUAUUACAUUUGGUGAUGAAAUUAUAGACGGUUUAAAUGUUGAAGAAAUACGUUUAGAAUUUAUUAGAGAUGAUGGUGAAGGUGAACAAGAUCGUUGA